CGGAACUGUUAUUGUGCGCAGCGCGAUAGAGCAGCGCUACCGUCAGUACAUGCGAAUUAUGAUCAAUCAUAAACUUUCAGAAUAUCAUCGAUUAUUUAACGUUUCUUUCAUUUUUGCGUAUUUUCGAUCAUGAAUUUUUUCCGCAACCGAUUGGUGGUUUUGGGUCUGGUGUUAUUGGCCACAGUGCUGUUGUAUCUGCUCCUGCCCUCCAUGCGUCAGGGCAGUAUGGAGCCGUCACUGGAGGUGCAGCAGCGGAUGGGAAUGAUCGUCGCGUCCCCUCCACCACCUCCGCAGUCCAGCAUCAACAUCACGGUGAGGACGGGACAGCUGCCUGGGGACCCGCCGCUGUUCUUCAGGGAGGCUUUGCCGGUGGACAGCGCUGGAAGACAGAUUCUACCCAAGUUGCAGAUGGUGCUGCUUCAUGGUCAGGCGUUCACUUCUAAAACCUGGGAGGAGCUGGGGACCCUCAGCCUGCUGGCCUCCAGUGGAUAUCAGGCCUUGGCCCUCGAUCUUCCCGGUUUUGGCAACUCCCCUGACUCAGAGACUGUAAAGUCGGACCAGAGCCGCGUGGAAUUGCUCAAGCGUUUUCUGGAAUCUUUGGGUGUCAGAUCUCCAGUGUUACUGAGCCCCUCUAUGAGUGGCCAGUACGCCCUGCCCUUCCUCCAGAGACACAGCGCCCAGCUGCACGGAUUUGUGCCCAUCGCCCCUGUGGGCACCCGAAGCAUCACCCCUCAAGAGUACCGGGACAUCCAGACUCCCACGCUGAUCGUUUAUGGAGAGUUGGACACUAAUUUGGGUGCCCAGUCCCAUAAGAAUCUGAUUCAGCUGCCCAAUCACACGGUGGUGAAGCUGCCGGGAGCUCGACACGCCUGCUACAUGGACAAACCACGCGAGUUUCAUCGCGCCUUGCUCGACUUCCUCAGCAAACUGGACUGAGAGACGGACAGACUGAGACCGAAAAAGACUUAAGAAGAUGCCGAAAGAUAAAGAAAAAGGAAAUGCUGAGGCAGAGCAGAUCUGAGACUAACAACUCUUUUGCUUUUUGCGAGAUGGCCAAACACUCGACAAAAACAACUCACUGGAACGGGCAUUUGACUUCUUUGUAAAAUACCAGUGUCCAGCGUUAUGAAAUUAAAUGUUAUUAUGUUUCCACAGACUAAACUUUAAAGACCAGAUAUCUUAAAUAUGUCUCAGUGCUUUUGUUUUCAUACAUGUCAAUGGGGUUCAAUGUUGUUUGAUUGUCAACUUUCUUCAUAGUAUCUCCUUUUGUGUUUUCCAGAAGAAAGACAGACAUACGGGUGAAGGACAUUUUGCUUUUGGGUAUGGUUUGGGACUUCACAUUCUCAUCUUUCAAAACAUUUUUAGCUCAACUGUUGUUGACAGUUUUAGUCUCUCCUGUUGAACACAAAACUCUCAAUGGUAAAAAACUGAUCUCUUCUUGUUAUGUGUAAAAAAACUUCUUGGUGUCACGGCAGGAAAUCAAGGGUUUUCACACCAGCAGUUGGCACAUGGAACACUACAUGUUGGGUUUAUGUCAAUGACUCAACCCAUGGUUUCCGCUGCCGAGAGCUGAAGGGAGUUUUGGCAGUAUUGACCGCCUUUCGUGUCUGUAAAUUCGCACCUUAUUAUUAAAACUCGCAGUAAGUUGUUCUGUAUCAUUAAAUUAUUUGGACAUUUGCCCUCGCCACAUAUUUCCACACCUGAAAAAUCAGGUAGCUGAUUGCAUCAUCGGUUCACAUAUUUAUUGUUUAUUUUUUUGUUACAUUUUUUUCAUGAAAAACUGUAUUGUGUGGUAUUUAUGUCCUGUGGUCUAUUUUUUGUAUGUUUAAAACCUGUUAAUAUGAAUGUUGAACAGAACAGUGAGGCAUCUCUGUAAUGUCGAUAUUUGUAACAUCACAUAACAUGACAGCCGUCUCCACCAAGACUGAAUUCGGAACUACAUGCAUUGUACAGCAGAACCGUGAGAUGUUUUUGUUCGAUGCAAAAUAAAGUCAGUUAAUAAUAA